AAUUAGCCCGUUCUAAUGUUUGAAGAUGAAACCGUAACUAACCUAUAUUGGUUUUGCUCUGUUUUGUUGCAAGUAAUCCAAGAGGUACAAUCAUGGCAACAGAAAGAUAUAGUUUCUCUUUGACAACUUUUAGUCCAUCAGGAAAACUGGUCCAAAUUGAAUACGCCUUGGCUGCUGUGGCUGCGGGAGCCCCUUCUGUGGGAAUUAAAGCUUCAAACGGCGUCGUUAUUGCUACCGAGAACAAGCACAAGUCAAUACUUUAUGAUGAACACAGUGUUCAUAAAGUGGAAAUGAUAACGAAUCAUAUAGGCAUGGUGUACUCUGGCAUGGGCCCCGAUUAUCGUCUGUUAGUGAAGCAAGCGCGCAAAAUGGCACAGCAGUAUUAUCUCGUUUAUCGUGAACCGAUUCCAACGGUUCAGUUAGUUCAGAGAGUAGCUGCCGUUAUGCAAGAAUACACCCAAUCGGGUGGCGUACGACCGUUUGGCGUCUCCCUUUUGAUCUGUGGAUGGGACAACGACAGACCAUAUCUGUUCCAGUGCGACCCAUCGGGUGCUUAUUUCGCGUGGAAGGCAACUGCUAUGGGCAAAAAUUACAUCAACGGAAAAACUUUCCUGGAGAAACGAUUUAGUGAAGAUUUGGAGUUGGAUGACGCGGUGCAUACCGCAAUUUUGACGCUGAAGGAAAGUUUCGAGGGUCAGAUGACAGCAGACAAUAUAGAAGUAGGCAUUUGCGACGCCUCCGGCUUUCGAAGGCUGGAACCUUCCCAUAUCAAAGAUUACUUAGCCAAUAUCCCCUAAACAUAUGUCAUCAAUUCGUUUUUUUUUAAUAAUUAUUUCCUGUGUCUGGUAAUUACAAUUUCUAAAUAAACGAUAUUAG